CAUAAGCUACAGGUUCUUCGGGGAGUGCUGCCAGGGUCGAACCAGUCAAGGCUGGAUACCCGAUAUAAAACGUAAAAGCGACGGUACUGGAGGGGCAGUAGUUGUUUCGGCGCUUGUACACUGACUUCCGGUUGUUUCGAACCCCGACGAUGAUUUUCCUGAUACUGGCGUGUUGCAUGGCGGCGUCCGCGUGGGGGCAGCAGGGGGGAUACCGGGGGGACCCGAGGAACGCGGCCAUUAUCGCCGAGCAGCGCUACCUCAUCGCCGACGGCAGAUUCGGCGCCCAGUACUCCCAGGAAGACGGCGUCAACUUCAAGGAGGAGAGCGAUCCCGACGGCACCCGAAGGGGCAGUUACUCUUACCUCGAUCCCAACGGCCAAAAGCACACCAUCAGCUACACCGCCGGUAAACACGGUUUCAUGGCUACCGGCGACGGGGUACCGAAACCCCCGCCCACGGUACUGCCCGUAGCGCCCCAGCCACAGUACCAGCCCUUGCCGCAGUACAAUCCUCCGGAUUAUCAGCCGCCGAGGGCUCAGUACCAGCCGCAGCCCCAGUACCAGCCCCAGCCUCAGUACCAGCCGCCCCAGCCUCAGUACCAGCAGCCUCAGCCCCAGUACAGGGCCCAGCCGGAAUACAGGACGACCACCCCCGCCCCCCACAGGUUCUACCCGCCCGGCAGGCUGUCGCUCAACAGACUACCCGACGGUUACGCCUACAGCUUCAACAAGACGUAAAAAAUACGCUUCCCCCACUACCUAACCUUGUUACUACAUUAUUAUAUUUUAUUAGCGUGUAAGUUCGCGUCGGACGCAUAAAGAGACUGUUCUCAAUAAAACCGUAUCGAAUGUUG